AUGAAACAACUUAAUGAGUUUAUAGAUGCAUGUGAACUGAAUGACCUUCCUCUUUAUGGUAGAAAAUAUACUUGGUGUAAUGCUCAGGAGGCAUAUAAAUGGAGCAGAAUUGAUAGGGUCUUGCUAAGCCCUGAAUGGUUGAUUCACUUCAACAUGAAGCUUUGGGGAUUGCCUCGGCUCAUAUCAGAUCAUUGCCCUUUAUUGUUGAUGGAAGAUGAAAGAAAUUGGGGCCCCAAACCUUUCCGAUUUAUCAACGUUUGGACUUUGCAUCCCAGUUUCUCUCAUCUCUUUACUACUUGUUGGAAGAAUUCUAAUUUUGUGGGUUGGGUUGGUUUUAUAAUCCAACAAAAACUUAAGUACCUUAAGCUGGAAUUAAAGAAAUGGAAUUCGGAAGUGUUUGGCAAUGCCUCAUCUAGGCUUAAGGCUACAGAGGAUGAAUUGCAUACACUAGACAUCACUGCGAUGGCUAGAGACCUACUUGUUUCAGAAAAGGACAUAAGAAGGGAGGUUAGAGGUGAAGUGUGGAAGCUCUAUAGAAGGGUGGAGUGGUUAUGGCAUCAGCAAUUCAGAUUGAAUUGUUCCCUGCAGGGGGACAAAAAUACUAGGUAUUUUCAUGUUAUUACAAGUACUAGACAAAGUAGAAAUAUGAUCAACUCCAUUUCACUAAAUGGUGUGUCCUAUGAGGAACCUAGUAGAGUCAAACAUGAGGUGAUCCUUCAUUUCAGGAAUCAAUUCAAGGAAAGUUGGGUGAAUAGGCUUGUGUUGGAUGGGGAUUUCAAAUCAAUUGAAGGCAACUCUGUAUCUCUCCACCUAGUUUCUGACUUCACUGAAGCAGAGGUUUUGGAAACCAUCAAAGAGAGUACUGGUAACGAAGCUCCGGGCGCAAAUGGGAUCACCUAUGGUAUCAACAGCUCUUUCAUUACCCUCAUUUCUAAGCUUGUCAAUCCUAUUAAUCUGAGUAAUUAUAGACCCAUUAGCCUGGUUGGUUCUUUAUACAAAAUUUUGGCAAAAGUCCUUGUGCAUAGAAUGAAGCCAAUAAUGCCCUCAAUUAUUGGUGAGACUCAGACAGCUUUUAUAGGUGGAAGAAAUAUCAUUGAUAGGGUGUUUAUUGCAAAUGAAGUAGCUGAUGAUUGGAAGAAAGCCAAAUGA